AAGGGAAAUGAAGAGGGGAGGAAAGUGACCCUCCUUCCUGCCCCCCCCCCCGUGCUUCCCAGGUUCCCUUUUCUCCCCCCAUCCUGAACCUUAGGAUUUGGGUGUCGCUCUUUCCAUCCUAAAUCCAAACUGGGAAUCCUGCCAUUCUGCAAGGCUGCCAUGCAGAGCUUGCAAGGAGGAGCUGAACUUCCGGAUGUGAUAAUAAAGGUAGAGCAGGAGGAGGAAGAGAACCAACCAUGGCUGACAUCAGAGUCACAACAAGAAGGGAAGUCACUGAACUCGUCUCCCCAGGAAAGAGAAAUUUCAGAUUUCCCUUCUGUGAUCAUAAAGAAGGAAGAGGACGAACAUCUUUGGGUUGUGUAUCACCAGAGCUCUGAGAGGAAUGAAGCCUUCUUGCCUGCUUCCUCAGAAAAAGGCCACCCAAGAGGCUACACAGGAGAUAAAGAAAAUAAAUGCUCAGACUGUGGGAAAACCUUCACUCAAAGGUCUAGCCUUAUCAGGCAUGAGAAAACACAUACAGGAGAGAAGCCGUAUCAGUGCUCUGAGUGUGGGAGAAGCUUCAGUCAGCGGUCUAUCUUGACAAGACAUGAAAGAACCCAUACAGGAGAGAAACCGUACAAAUGUUCAGAGUGUGGGAAAAGCUUUCGCCAUAAGUCAGCUCUUCUCAGACAUGAGAAGAUGGAAGCAGGGGAGAGACCUUACGAAUGCUCACACUGCGGAAAGGGCUUCAUUCAGAGAUCAAAUUUCCUCAUACAUGAGAGAAUCCAUACUGGGGAGAAACCAUAUCUGUGCUCAGACUGUGGGAAAAGCUUUGUUCAGAGGUGGCACCUUCUCAUCCAUGAGAUGACCCAUAAGCAAGAGGAGACGUACAAGUGCUCAAAGUGUGGGAAGAAGUUCAAUCACAGCUUGAGCCUUCUCAUCCAUGAAAGAAUCCAUAUGGGUGAGAAAGUGUAUCAGUGCUCUGAGUGUGGGAAAGGCUUCACUCAGAGAUCUAGCCUCGUCAGACACGAGAAAACACAUACAGGAGAGAAGCCAUAUAAAUGUCUUGAGUGUGGGAGAAGCUUCAGUCAGAGGUCUAUCCUUACCAGGCAUGAAAGAACCCAUACAGGAGAGAAACCGUACAAAUGUUCGGAGUGUGGGAAAAGCUUCCGUCACAAAUCAGCUCUUCUAAGGCAUGAAAAGAUGGAAACGGGAGAAAGACCCUAUAAAUGCUUACACUGUGGAAAAGGCUUCAUUCAAAAGUCCAACUUUCUCAUACAUGAGAGAAUCCAUACAGGAGAGAAACCAUAUCAGUGCCUAGAGUGUGGGAAACGCUUUGUUCAGAGGUCACACCUUCUUGUUCAUGAGAUGACACAUAAACAAGAGGAGCCCUAUCAGUGCUCAAAGUGUGGAAAGAAGUUCAACCACAGCUUAAGCCUCAUUAUCCACAAAAGGAGCCACACAGGACAGAAAUCCUAUCGGUGCCCUAGCUGUCGGAAAACGUUUAUGAAUAAAUCAAGCCUUAUCGGGCAUCAGCAGGCCCAUAGAGGAGAGAAGCUGUAUGCAUGCUUGGACUGUGGGAAAAGCUUCAGUUAUAGGUCAGCUCUCAUCAGGCACAAGAAAACUCAAACAGGAGGAAAACCAUAUUGGUUCUCAGCCUGUGGGAAAAGCAUCAUUCGAAAAUUAAAGAUUCUGUCUCAUGAAAGACCAUGUAAUGGAAAGAAGUACAAGCUUCUCUUACAUGAGAGAGCCCACAUGAGGAAAAAGCCAUAUAAAUGUUAUGAAUGUGGGAAAAGCUUCAGCCAGAAAUCCAACUUCAUUGUGCAUGAGAGGACGCACAUGGGAGAGAAGCCCCAUAAAUGUUCUGACUGCGAGAGGCCCUUCAACGACUGGCAAAACUUCAUGAAGCACCGAAAGACCCACACAGGUGAAAAGCCUUAUGUGUGCUGUGAGUGUGGGAAACGCUUCAGUAACAAAUCAACCCUGGUUGUGCACAGGAGAACCCACACUGGAGAAAAGCCGUAUAAAUGCUCAGUCUGUGAGAGAGGCUUUACCAGCAAAUCAAGCCUGAUAAAGCACAAGAGAACCCACACAGGAGAGAAACCACACACUUGCUUGGAGUGUGGGAAAAGAUUCAUACAAAAGUCAAACCUUCUCAGGCAUGCAAGAACUCAUAAGGUAGAGAAAGCAUUUCAGUUCUCAGAAUCUGGGGAAAGUUCCAGGUGUGCCUCAACUUUGAUGAGAAAUACGGGGAUCCACAUGGAAGAGAAACCUUAUAAGUGUACCAACUGUGGGAAAAGCUUCAACGAAAGAAGAAAUCUUGUAAUACAUGAGAGAACCCACACAGGCGAGAGGCCAUAUAAAUGUCCACACUGCGGCAAAAUGUUCACCAACAAAACAACCCUCGUGGUGCACAAGAGGACCCACACUGGUGAGAAACCAUAUACUUGUUCAGAGUGUGGGAAAAGCUUUCCGUACAAAUCGAGUCUGAUUAAACACGAGAGAACCCACACAGGGGAGAAGCCAUAUGAAUGCUCCAAGUGUGGGAAGGGAUUCAACCAGAGUGCCAAUUUACUUGCACAUGAGAGGACUCACACAGGAGAGAGGCCCUUCAAAUGCUCCCACUGUGGGAAAAACUUCAGUGACAGAUCAAACCUUAUCAGACACCAGAGAAGUCAUACAGGAGAGCAAUUCUAAAAAGGCUUAUGUUUUGGUGGGGUGGGGAAAAACCUGGAGCAGGAUUCAUUCUAGGCAUCAUAAGACAUUCCCAGGGGACAACACUACAAGAUGUUUCUGGCCUUUCUCUUGUGUGGUAAAGCUUUUCCUGGAUUUACAGUCCUGGGAAAAGAGCGGGAUACAAAUAAAUAUAAUAAAUAAAUACAGCUGCCAAUGGGUAAAGUUUACAUAUUUGAAUAUGGACUGGGUGAAAACAAACUUCACUGAAUAGAGAAAAUUAGCACAUCAAGGGGAUCCCUGAUAUGUUAGCUUUCUGUCUGCCAGAAAUUUCAGAUAUAGUGGCCCACCACCUCAUUCCACUACUGCCUUCAGUUGAGAAAAACAUUUAUUUCUGCUUAAUUGCAAGUGUGUUUCUUACAUAUGCAACAUGAGAUUAUCUUCAUAGGGGGGAAAUGUGUGUACAAAGUAUGGAGAAAGAUUCAAGUGUGGGACAGGCCUUGUCUUUGAAUUUUGAAUCUAGAAGAUUAUCUUAGUAUCUGUGUUCUGUUACAUUUACUUUUUGCUUCUCUUUGAUAACUGAAUUGCAUUUUAUUUCCAGAAACAGAAAUAUCAAUAGGACUAGAAAUUUUAUGGGGAUGAAUUUUAUAGAUAGAAGAGAUAACCUGCCAGUGCUAACAUUUAAUUUGCCUGCCUAUAUAAAGAAGGCUAGGCUAAUAUAAUAAGAGUUAGGGAAAGGUGGGUGGUUGGGAAGCUAUUAUAUAUUAUAUACCUCUGUUGUUUGAAGUGUGAAGUUGGGUGAUUUCUGUCUCUUUGCUGCCUCUCUCUUGGCAGACAGUUGUUCAUCUCUGGCGAACUGGAUUCUUCACUUAUUUUGAAAUAUUUAUAAAGUUUGUCUUUUCCUGGGACACAUGUAGAAGUGCUGCCCAAGCGUCUUAGAAUAAUGCAGUUGUGGAACACAUAUUCCAGGGGUAGAUCCCAGACCUCACUUUUGAACACUUAAAUCCCCCUUAGUAGCCAAACACUCCCAUGUUUAAAAAAAUAUUCACAGGGGCUGCAUCUACACUGCAGAAAUAAAGCAGUUUGACACUGCUUUAACUGCCAUGGCUUAAUGCUGCAGAGUCCAAGGAUCUGUAGUUGGUUGUGGCACCCGAGCUCUCUGACAGGGAAGACUAAACCUCUCAUAAAACUACAAAUCCCAGAAUUCCAUAGCAUUGAGCCAUGGCAGUUAAAGUGAUGUCAAACUGCAUUAUUUUGGCACUGCAGAUGUAGCCAUGGUUUCCCAGUGGUAUUUUCCUAGAAAAUACCUGCUCCUCCAAAAAUGUAUAAGAAAUGUGUAACAGCACCCAGCCCUUCCUCCCACAUCAUGUAUUUUGGGCUGUAAUCCAGUGAAGUGGUGGAUUCAAGACUUCAAGACCUGGAGGGAAAAGGUGUUCCUGGGAAUUGUCAAGAGAGGUUCAGCCUAAUGGGGGUGAGUUUAGGAGGGAAUGCCUCUUGAGCCCUUCACAGUUGCCCAACACCUGCUGUCUGCCAUCUGAUGAAGACUUACAGAUGUUAAAAGAGUAUUAUCUUCCAGCCUGAGGCUUGAAACAUGUGCCAUGAGACACAACAGACCCUUGCUGGGGUGCCUUAUUACCUUACUGACAAGGAGCCACCAUUGUGGCGGACUCUAUACUGCAGAAACGGUGCAAUUAGAAAUAAUGCAAUUUCAUACCCCUUUAACUGCCAUGGCUCAAAUCUAUGGAAUUCUGGGGUUUGUAGUUUUGUGAGCUGCAGUUCCAUAGGAUGGAGCCACGACAUUUAAAGCGGUGUCAAACUGUAUUAAUUCUGCAAUGCAAAUUUAGUCUGUUUCACAACUUAGGGGAGGACAGCAGGAGUAAUGAAUAUGAUCCAGCGCUCUUAGGAGUCUCAGCUCUUAUAUUUAUGUGCUGUUGAGUUUUGGUUUGGUGUUCUACCAGUUUCUAUUCUUUGCUAUUUUAUUGUUUUUUAUCGAAUGUAAUCCUUUGAUUGUUACCAUAUGCUGCCCAGAGGACUUUUUAAAAACUAGAUGGCAAAGAAAUGCUGUUAAUAAAUAGAUGUUAGCAAUAAAAAGCGGAAUUUUCUAGAUUUUAUGACUGUGAACAUGUAUCUCAAAAGAGUUUGGAAAAUGCAGCAGUGGCAGGAGUGAGAUUUAUUUCCACUGGCUGAGGACAAGGCUUCAGCGCCUGUCCUUCCUGUAACUAGCAGAAUAAUUAAUCAUGUGUAACAAUAAGACAUUUUGCAAAUCUUUAUUGCAGCCUGUGUUCCUCAACUUUAUGUAUAUUUAUCUAUGUAGUAGAAUUGAUAAGGAGCCCUGUUAGUGAACUGUGAAGAUUCAUAACAAGACACUGGCAAAAGUCUUCCAAUGCGCAUUGGGCUCUACCGAUGCACGUUGGCACUCCCUAACUGGUGCCCUAAUGUUCCAUUGGGUCACAUUUUGUGCAUUGAUCCUGAUGCACAGUGGUCAUUUUGCCUAGUAACAAAACAGCAGGCCCUUGCUGAAUACGGAUGUGGAAAAAACUGCUCAAUUUUAUUUCUUGCAGAUGUAAGUCUGCUUACAAAGGUGUGAGUCCCUGAAUAAAUUCCAGCUCUAAUUUUUAUGGUGUACAAUAUGACUCCUAUAUCUGUGGGGGAUACAUCCAUAGACUUACCGAGGAAGCUGCGGAAUCAUGGAUAAAUGUGAAUCCUAUUGAAUUGAAUUACUUCCACAGAAAGUUGACCAUAGUUAUGCUGGAGGACCUAGAGAUUCCUAGAGAUAACACCUCUCUAGGCAUUUCUAGAUCCUUCAGUGUGACUCGAUGGUCAUCUUCUACCAGAAGCAUACCAUAGAAGCAUACCAUAGAAUUGCACUAGAAGUCCUAGACCAAUGGGCAGAGAGAGCAUUUUUUUUAGGGGGGGGACUUGGGUAAGAGAAACAGUGGGUUAUUGAUUCCACUUGUAAUGUAUAUAGGUUAGGUUAGGACUACUACUAUCCUACAUUGCCUACUAAGGCCCUGUACAGACCGGCCUAAAAGGCCAGCUUGGGGACGGAGUCAGGGCAUCGGGUCUAGAUGACACACUACCUUGACUUUGCUCCAAGGGCACCAUGAUGCCGCGUGCCGCUCUAGACACCAUGAGGCGUCAUGACACACCUCUGGCGCUGUGUCCAAAUGUUGCAGCACCAAAGGGACACCAUAUAGCUGUGCCACAGCAGCUACGGCGCCCUUUCAACAGCACAAAAAGGUGCCGCUCCUGGGUUCAGCCUAUUACAAAAAAAAGAAGCAGAUUUCAACCUCUCGUACUCUCUUGAUUCCAAAUGGAUGUGGAUUCAUGUUAGGUCUGUUGUGAUGGGAGAAAGGACCUACCUAUAUUCUAAGGCAGGCAAUGUUGUUAUUUUAUAUGUUUUGAGCUGGAACUUUGCUAAGUCACUACUGUCAGAAGAAAUGACUCAAGAAGACCAAAUUGAUUGAAGCCAAUGAAAAUGCUUCUGGUUUUCUUAUUUUAGUACAUCUGGAUCCCACCUUUCCCCCCCAGUGCUAGCUACACACAGUCUCCAGCCCAAGCACUAACUAAACCUGCUUAGCUCCAGCAAAAUGGCCACACCAGAUGCCCUCAGAUUAGAACCAGCCAUCCUGGUAUUGAGGAGAUGGCAAGAAAUGUGGGGAAUAGAAGUAGCUCCUAAGCUGUCCCUCCACCAUUGGGGAAUGGAGGCAGUUGCGCCAUACUGCCCACCACACAAUCCCUAAGCCAGACUGCUGCCAUCCAGUGAGAUGGAAAAAGUUGUCCUUUUGCCAGCGUUGAAGAAAGCUGUAGUUGUCCAUCUGGUGAGCUUCUGUUGAUGCAGUCGGGGUGAGGGGCAAACAUAGGAGCCUUGGUGGUGGAGUGAUUAGAUGCCUGUACUGCAGCUACUCACUCACAAACCACAAGGUUGUGAGUUCAGUAUCAGCCAGGGGCUCAGGGUCGAAUCAGCCUGGCAUCCAUCUGAGGUCGCUAAAAUGAGUACCCAGCUUGUUGGGGGCAAUUAGCUUACACACUGUAACCCACUUAGGGAGUGCUUAAGUGCACUGAUAAGCAGUAUAGAAAUGUACCUGCUAUUUCUAUGUUGUUUGUCUCAGAUCCUGCUGUUGCUCUCUGACACAUAACAUCAAGGUUGACAUCCUUUUGCUCUCUAGAUGUUGUGGGACCACAAUCAACUCUCACCAUUGGCUACACUGCAUGUUGCACUUAAACAACCCAUAAUUAAGAGAGGGUGAAGAAACUUUGAGCCUUCCAAUGUACAGUGGGCUCUCCACAUUCCCUGGGGUUAAGAGGGCACGAAGUGGAAAAAACAAAAUUUAAAAAAACACUUAAAAAAAAAAACAACCUGAGAGGCAACACCUGUCUAGGAAUCUCUGCUGGAGCUGACCAUAGAAUUGCACCGGAAGACCUACAAAUGCCUAGAGAAGAGCUCUUUCUAGGAAUCUCUAAGUCCUCCAGCAUGACGCUAUGGUUAAUGUCUGCCAAAAAGUAAAAAGUGUGUGUGUGUAUGUGUAUGUGUAUUUAAAUGAGGACUCUUUCUGCUCACUGAUUCUUGCCACACCCAUAAAUUCUUUU